AUGACCGCUCAUUUUGUCGAAUUUGAUUUCAUCACAGCCCAGGCUUUUCAAAUGUCCCCAGGCGACGAACGGCGCCAACCAGAAUUCCUUCUAUUCCGCUUUUUGCAGCCCUUAACGUCAUUCGCGAAGAGAGAACAUAGCCGGGCUCAGAACGGUCAAAUACCUGACGAAGAGCUGCUCAGCACCGACAUGCUGAACACUUUUCAAGCGGGAAUUGGCGGUAUCAAAGGGUUGAUCAAGCUAGCUCAGAUGCACCUGAGCAAUGCGCCAAGAUAUCAACAUUUGAUGGACGUUCUCGCACCGAUAUGCAGCGUCGCUGCACAUAUCCUUCAAAAGGUUGUUCAGGGUAUCCACCGAGAAGCCUCUCCCCAGAGCCUAGAGAUGGCGAAAGUCAGAGUGGCAGACGGCCAUCUGCUAUACAACCUAGCUUCCAACGCGUUUUCCGCAACAAUAGAGAACAAGGUAACUCAGCUCUCAAACGACACGACAACAAAUCUCAUCCAUUCGCUUUCGGAAGUCUUCAAAAUCUGCCUAAAUGGGGAACACAGACUGGCCACAGAGCGUCUGAGAGCGUACCAACAAAAACAUCCUGAGUUGCCCCCCAAAUUCAUUCCAGAGGCCAUUUCGCUGGAAUGGCGACUUGGAAUAUACGGAAAGCUCAUCACAUCGAGUCAGAUGCAGUUGCGUGUCUUGGCAGCAUCGAACAUGUGCCAUGAUCUGGUUACUUGCUGGAAGAGGUACAGCGAUAAUGAAGAUGAGGAGUGCAAGCAGUUUUUGAACUACGUGGCCGAGUACCUUCUUCGAACCAAGCUAGUCGACUACAUCUUGGGACCGACAUGUCAUCCCGAAAUCACAGUCGAGAGCGGUAAUAUCGUCGGGUUCUUGGUCGUUACUCGCCUAUAUCGUAGCGGGCAAACCGAUCUGCUAUGGCAGACCAUCACCACUGCUCAAGAUCCACGAGUUUCAGAGGCGUUGAUUCGCAUGACUACAGGAAUCACAAACUUAUUCUCCAAGGAGGAGCUGCAUUACUUAUGCGAGAAGAUGCAAACAUUGCCCAUUGAGAAUUUCACCGCAUCCUUACGGGGACUUUGCGACCAAAGCCUGAAGUCUCUCCAGCACAAAACCCAAAUUGCGGGUGAGUCGCAGAGCGUGCUGCCGUUGAGCAUCUGCAUCCGGCUUCUGCGAGAAUCCUCGAUAUAUGUUUCGGACUCGGUCGUUGCUUACCCAGACGUUCAUCACUUUGCAAUGACCAAGUUCAGAGAAUUAGUGAGAGACGGCAUUGAACCCGAAGUGAGGAAGGAGAUCUACCUCGACUGCAUCAAAGAUAUCGCUGCAAAGACACCGACGACAUUGGGCACUCUAUCAUGUCUCUCAAUGGCGUUACGGCCUGCUGUGGCGUCCGAGCUACGAACCUUGACAACAGACCAUAACUUGACGUCAUUGCUUAUUGACGAACUUGAGCAUGCGAUUGAGCAAGGGAAGCAAACUGGCAUCAGAAGGACCCUCGGCGGAGCGGUUAACCAUUCUCGAAGGGAUCUCAUUGCCAAUAUCCUGGCUUACGAGCCGUCAACAGUCACAUCAGACCUUGGUCCACGCCUUUGGGAUAUGCUUGUGGGCCAUGGCGCAGCGAGUCAAGACGAUCGGGACGACGGUUGGAAAAUCAUGAACUCCCUCCCCAAAACGGCAUUUGGCAACUCGUUCCUAUCAGUCUGCUUCAGCGACUACCUACCGAAUCUUCCCCGCGAUUGUCUCUGCGGAGGAGCAUUGGAAUUCGUCAGAAACGCCGUUCUUCCCCGUGUCAAUGAUAUCAAUGAUAUCAUACUGGACGACGUCGAGAGUCUUGCGCAGAGCGGAGUCGAACAGCUUUGGCGCAUGAUUCUUGACGCUGAAGAUGGAGUAGUGGUUGCCAAGGAUCUGCCAUUCGUGGAUGCUGCGAUUCAGACGCUCGUAGGUGACAUUUAUGUCGAUAGUCUCGUAAAUCGAUGCCUCGAGCAGAUGCUAGACGCUGCGAAGCGGUUGGAGGCUUUCGACGGUAGCAAACCUAGCGACGAUGAGUCUAUGGCUAUCAUCUCAACCGAGGAGCAGACUCUGGAACAAGAGCGAACUUUCAGUCGAUCUCUUGCGGUUCUGCGGCACUUCAUGAAAGCUCACCAAGCCAAGGACCACUUCUCUGCCCCCGACCUGCGCGCCUUAACACCUGGCUCACCGAGCAUAGCUGAAGGAGAGUCAGCUGAGCUCAAAGUCCAGUCGUUUGAUGGGACCAAGCAGACAGACAUCAUUCCUCUCGAGGUCGGACGACAGAACACAGCCGCCUCCCUUUUAGCAAGUAUCAGGCAAGCAACUGGCUUCGAUAACUACCGUAUUUACUACCGCGGCCACCCGUUUGCACCCAACGAAAACAACGUUUGUCAGUCUCUUGAAGACUUGAAGAUCCACGAUGGUCUCAUCCUGGUCAAACGGGAGGAGAAUGGUACAGCCAUGGCGUCUAGAAUCAAGCCAGGUGCCUCCCUCUUGGAAAUAGAAAUCCUGGGCCACUUCGAGCAGCUUUGGGACUAUCUAAGUAUGAAAGAGGCCAUUGCCACAGAGAUGCACACGUUUCUCAUCGGAUUGCCUGCCGAUACACACAUGUUGGCUACCUUCGAUUCGCCAGAUACCUCAUAUCGACAAGUUUUCCCAUCGGGCCAGCCAUUCAAGUCGCUGUAUGCCCUGUAUGCUAUGACUGAGUACAUAGGCGCUGCCGGCCGUCGACUGAACGAGGCUACGGUGACACUUACCGAUGCCGUCGAUGCAGAUAUUGACGCAUAUCUAGACGCGCUUGUCAGGGUGAGGGCGCUGGUUGUGGCGGCGAUCUCCGAUCGUGAGAUUCUUGGUGACUGUGCCUCUGGUACUCUCCAGAACCGUCUGACUUACAACUUGAUGAACGUCUACGGACUGACUUUCAGAGACCCUGACAUCGACGAGCUCGAUGUACGCCCCAAGCCGGUGGCUAUGGCGCCUGCAGAUCGCCUCGUCGAGAUUCUUCGGUCAGCGGUGUCUGCUCCUAGCCACAACGGCUUGAUUCCCCUUAUCGCCUCGACGUUUUCGGCCAUUCUUCGAAGCGCAGCUGUCGAUUCUGCCUUCUGGAUGUCUCUGAAGGCGUUGCCUGAUCUCGAAGAGUUGAUGGGAAUCUUGCUCCUCGAUGAACCUUCAGAUGCAAUUCGUGCAAACGUCGCCAAGCUGUUGGAAGAAAGAGUCAUCAUGCCCUACGAGUACGUGUUGCAUACUGGCGAGCAUCUACCAAGCUCUGACACGUCAAACAGGUCCAACACGAACACUAAUUCGUUCUGCACAUUCCUGUGGCCAAUUUUGCACCGACUGAUCAUCAGAGCAGCAAAAUUUCCCAAACAGUGCCAGCAGGUGUUUGACUUGUCACUUGCCCUGCUACGUGAGAUGGCAUUUGAUGAAGCUGCCGUUGUGGACAUUCCUGUUUUGGCCAGCGACUGUGGCAGGCUCCUGCUCGAGCACGAUUCUACCGAGGUAAGCAGCGCUGCUACGGACCGUUUGAAAUAA